CGAUCAACAAAUCCGUGCAAUGUUUCGCUGCGGGUGAGUACUUCCAAGGUUCAAAUGCGACGGGAUGGGGAGUUGGGGUAUCGUCACGUGAUGCGGUGAGGAACCGACGCGACUCGCGAUCUCCCAGCUGAGCUCAGACGCGCCUCGUUCUCUGCAAGGCACACAAACGUUAACAUCCGCCACCAUCUUCCUUCGUCACCGUGUGAGACACUUCAUGAUGGAGGAAAGUGCAAUAAUGGAGAGCUCACAGCAGCUUUUCGACGGUCUCUCGUUCACCAUAAUUCCCAAUGCCAUCUCGGAAGAAGAGCAAGCAAAGUUGACGAAAGAUAUAACUGCAAGCGGAGGUAUAGUGAUACCUUUCGAUGCAUCCCACGGGCGUAUCGACAAAUUGAAUGAGAUUUCGUACAUCAUCUCCACAACUUCGGACUUUCCAGAUUACCACCGCGCGCUCGAUCUGUUCAAGCAUGUUGUGAAACCUUCAUGGGUCUCUGCGUGUCUACAAACUUCAAAAGUGAAAAACCCCAGAGUGUACAGCCCGGAUCCUGCGCUGUUCAUGAACGAGGUGGUCGUCUGCUGCGGAGACCUCCCAGAGGGAGACAAGGAAGCCAUUGAGGGUGGGGUGCUCGCAAUGGGAGGCCAGUACGCCACGCAGCUAACAAAAUUCGUAACACAUUUGAUUGCAUUGAGCAUGGACGAUCCGCGAUGCCAGCUUGCCCUUUCAAAGCGUCUUCGACUCCAGAUAGUUCUACCUCACUGGUUCGACGACUGUCUGCGCAUCGGCCGUAGGCUUUCCGAGCGGCCGUAUACCCUGCCCGACCCUGAAGUACUCAAUACCCAGGCAGGCGCAAUUCCGCCAACACGUACAAGCAAUGACAUCCGUGAAGCCACGACGCCAGACCCAAGAGACCUCCCAAUUACGGCCACACAACGUUCAGGACAACCAAGAGCGAUAAGGGCCUUCAGUGGAAAGAAGAUAAUGCUCAGUGAAGACCUGUCGCUCAGUUCCCGGUUAAAGGACGUCAUCAUAUCGCUGAUCCAUGCUGGUGGGGGCACGAUAACUCACAAUGUGGACGAGGCACAUAUGUACGUGUGCAACUAUCGAGAUGGUCCAGACUAUAUCAAAGCUUCCCAAGCACGAAAAGAUGUGGGCAACUUGAGCUGGCUGUACUGGAUGAUCACACACGAUACCUGGACCAACCCUAUGCGUCGGAUGAUGCACUAUCCCAGACCACGAGGAGGCAUUCCAGGAUUCGACAAGUAUAAGAUCAGUAUUUCCAGCUAUACAGGCGAUGCACGAGUGUAUCUCGAGAAUCUAGUUCGGGCUUCUGGGGCGGAAUUCACGAAAACCUUCAAACAAGACAACACUCACCUCAUCACGGCUCACAAGCAGAGUGAGAAGUGUGAGGCCGCCGAGGAGUGGAAUGUCCAUGUGGUUAAUCAUCUGUGGUUGGAGGAGAGCUACGCAAAGUGCAAGGAGCAAACCCUCACGGAUAGCAGAUAUGUGUAUUUUCCCUCCAGGACCAAUCUUGGUGAGAUCCUAGGUCAAACCGAGAUUGACCGCGAUGCAGUAGAAAAGGCAUAUUUCUCUAAAGCUCAGGCAAGGAAGGAUGCACGAGGAACCCCACUAGUCGCCAAUAACAAGCGCAAACAGGUGGUCCAGGACGCCGCGACACCUGUGGCUUCACGACAUGCUGAUGACAAGGAGAACGAGACACCAGGAACGACCGGUAGCCGCGGAGCAAAAGACCGUGCACUGUCGCGAUUACACGAAGCAGCACCCGACAUCGCAAAAUUCGAGAAGGAGAUGAAGCGCAAAGGAGGUGUGAUCCACGGAGGACGGCGGGAGAAAGACCUCGAGGUUGUCGACAAAUCGAAGAAAGCCAAAGGUCGCGAUUCUGUUGCCAGUAAGCGUUCAAUUGAUGAGGUGGACGGGGAAGAUGAUCAGUCGGAUGCCUCGACCGACGAACCCGCGCUGAAGUCUAAGAGAGCGAAGAAGGAUAAGAUGACUCCCAUUAAAUAUCGGAUGCUCAUUUCGAAGGACGACCGUUGGCUGAAUAAUCCGGAGAAGGAGUCCAAGGACAAGGCUAGACUACGUGAAUUGGGUCUCUUUAUCACGGAGGACUACAAGAAAGUCGAUCUCCUCUGUGCUCCUACGGUCGUCCGGACGAAGAAGUUUGUCGCGGCUCUGGCCUGCGGUCCCACCGUCGUAGCAAGCUCCUACUUGGAUUUUGCACUCGUAAACAACAAGCUACCGCCGCCGGAGAAGCAUCUACUCCGGAACCAUGACUUCGAGACACAGCACGGUUUCCGCCUAGACGAGGCGCUGGAACGUGCGAAACAAAACCAGAAGCGUCUGCUCAGGGAUUGGACUAUUUUCUGCACCGAGGGUGUUACUGGCGGGUACGAGACCUUCAAGGAAAUCAUUGUCGCAAAUGGCGGGCAGUGCCAUCUGUGGAAAGGACGCGCCACCAAGGUUUCGGCUUAUAAACGCACGAUCAAUACGUCUGAUAAGGAUGUCUCGCAAAACCAGGAGGAAGAUGAAGGCGAUGGGUUGUACCUCAUCUCCGAAGCGAAGAAGUCGGAGCUCCCUCUCUGGACCAAGUUCCGAGAGUUGGCGCAGAAACACGACAUGAUUCCGCGGAUUGUCACGACAGAGUGGAUACUCUUUGUUGCGAUGGCGCAAUAUGUGCAUUGGGACGAGAAGUGGGAGCUGAAGGAAGAAAUGGUGAAGGGGAAGUGAGGGUUUUUGCCUGAGAAUUUGGUGCAGAGAAGUGAGAGUUUUCAUGUUGCUUAUAUCGCAUAUGGUCCUCAAGGCAUUACCUACCCAUGGCGCGGAGUUUUGGCACCACGGCUUGAGCUGAUGGAUAUCGGAAUGUUUGAUACCAACCGCUAUGACUUACUGGUUGAGGGUUUCAUGUCUGGUUAUGAUGCUAGCAGACUUGAUACUCCAGUGCAUUAAUGAAAGCAACU